AUGAAAUCCGUACUUGGUGAUUACAUUCAAUUUAGUAUUCGAUUCCACUCAAGUAAUAGACUCAGAGAUGUCAUAUCUUUUUUUGAAAGUUUAGGAUACCAUUCACAUGAAAAGAUAGCUCCAAAGAAGACUAAAUAUGUUGAAUUGACCAUUCCUGAAUUGAACCAUGGAGACAAUGAGGCAGUGAAGAAGGCAUUGAUCUUUGUAUGUUCGAGUGAUAUUGGAAACAGUAGUCACAGAAUUACCCCUCAAACCUUAAAGAAAUACAAGCUUGUGUUUUCAAAAUCGAAAAGCAAGCUUGUUUGUGGAAAGAUUUGCAAGACGUGUUACGCAAAAUAUGUUUCAGCAGCCAAGAUCGAUGAUUUUGGAUGUAAAAAGCAAAAGAAGUGA